AUGCGCUCCUCGUCGCCAAAAGGCUCCCAGAGCGUCUCUGCCUCGGAUGAGUCCAAGUUGGACCUCGAGAUCACCGAGGCCCGCAACGACCAGCAUCCCGGCAUGGCCUCGAUGCUGCGUCCGGGCACCAACACGGGUGGUGUCAUCACCUCGGAGGAGUACAUGACCGAGGACGAGAAGAAGGAGCAGGACCUCAAGGACUUUGGUUACCACAAGUUCCAGUGGUCCUCGCUCUGGCGACCUGCCGAGAUCAACCCGCUCAACGGCAAGUCGUACACCUUUCCUAUCUUCCGCAUCUUUGAUGCCUACUCGACGGCCUUCUGGCUGGCGACGCUCGGGUUCUUCGUCGCCUUCCUCAGUUGGUUCGCCUUCAGUCCGCUCAUGCCCGAGGCGGUCAAGGCGGACCUCAAGCUGUCCAACUCGCAGGUGACACAUGCCAACAUGGCUUCGCUCGGCGGUACUGCGAUUCUUCGUCUGAUUGCCGGUCCGGCUUGUGAUCGCUUCGGUCCGCGUAAGGUCAUGGCUGCCCUGCUCAUCCUCGGAGCGAUUCCCUCCGGUCUGGCGGCUCUCGUCACCUCUGCCGGCGGUCUCUACACGGUCCGCUUCUUCAUCAGUAUUCUCGGUGCCACCUUCGUUACUUGCCAGGCUUGGUGCUCCACCUUCUACGACAAGUCGGUCGUUGGUACUGCCAACGCCUUCUCCGGUGGUUGGGGUAACAUGGGUGGUGGUGUCACCAUCGCUGCCAUGAUCGGCCUCUUUGAGCGUUACCGCAAGGCUGGCUAUUCGGCUCACCUUUCGUGGCGUCUCUGCUUCCCCACCUUGCCUGUUCCUUGUCUGCUCGUCGUCGCGGGCCUGAUCCUCCUCCUCGGCAAGGACCACCCGGCAGGCAAGUGGAGCCAGCGCCACCAGUUCAGCGGUACCGCCGUCGCCAUCGCUCAGGGGGAGAAGAUCGAGCUCGACGCCUCGGAGCGUGCCGAGUACGAGCGCCGUACUGCUGACCAGGAGAAGGGCCCUGCCAAGGUUGCCAACUUCCGUGUUGCUGACCCGGCCGAUGCUGGAAAGCGCGUCGCCGCGGUCGACACGGCCCAGUCGGAGCCGAUUACGCUCAAGCGAUUGAUGGUCAUCCUCUCGGACCCUCGUGUGUGGAUGUGCAUCAUGUGCUACCUGCUCACGUUUGGUCUCGAGACCGCCAUGGACGCUGCACUCCCCGGUCUGAUCUUCACCCUCUUUGGCUCCAAGAACUUCACUGCUAUCGACGCCGCCUAUGCUGCUUCGAUGUACGGUCUGCUCAACUUGUACGCCCGUCCCCUCGGCGGUGUCGUCUCGGACGUCCUCUUCUCCAAGUACGGUCUCCGUGGUCGUGUCAUCUGGCUGCUCGCCACCGCGUUCUCGCAGGGUAUCGCCAUGAUCGGCCUCGGCAUCUACUGCAACCGCGACCCGCACUUCAGCGGAGUCAUGUGGUUCAUCUUCCUCAUUGGUACCACGGGCUUCCUGGCCAACGGUGCCAACUACGGUAUCCCCGCCAUCAUCUGCCCCUCUGCCAUCGGCACUGUUUCCGGUCUCGUCGGCGCCGGUGGCAACGUCGGUGGUCUGGUCUACCUCGGCAUCUUCCUGGCCAAGCCUGGUGUUAAGAAGUCCAGGACCCUCGGCACCAAGUUCUGGAUCGCCGGUGUCGUCAACGCCGGCGCUGUGUUGCCGUUCUUUGCCCUCUUGAUUCCGGGCAAGUUCAGCGUUUUGUAG